AUGGUGAUCUUUGCACCUUCUCCUGUACGCUUUCCACUUUAUAUUCCAUUAGCCUCUGAAUGGGUACUUGGCCGUAGUCAACCGCAGACAACAUUUCUGUACAUUAAUGAUGUUGCAUCGAGCUCCGAAGUCUCGCCGCCAGGUCAGUCAGCUUACGCCGCCUCGGAAUGUCACCAUUUCUGUGCCGAUGAGAUCUUUGCUCGUGCGAAAAUCGCCCCAGUGACAACUUCACACAUUCACAACAGGCCUAGGUCAUUUGGAAACGACACAAUCAACAAGCCGAUUGAUUGCGCUGGAGUGCACACAGAAAUGUCGAAUACUGAUUAUUCACAGCCUAUUGAGUAA